AUGUCCUCUGACGACAUGGGAGACGACCCCGCCCCGCCAACCCUAGGUCCCGGCUCCGUCUCGGGCUCUGCCUCAGGGUCUGGUUCAAGGUGGACGACCAGUCUCAAGUCUCUACGACAAUAUAUCCCGACGUAUGGGUCAAAGCCGGAAGAGGAGGAUGGGAUGGUUGACCCAGACCCUAACAGCCACCAGGUCACGGAUUAUCGCGAAGGCGAGAGGCAUGAUGUUCAAGGGAAUACUGUUCAGUUCAACCCUGACCAGCAACAGAAGGAGCAGGGGGCUCGAACUUCUACAUCGGUUGAGCAAUUGACACAGGAACCGAAGCAACAACAACCACCACCACAACAACAACAACAGCAACAACAACAACAACAACAACAACAACAACGGGAAGGCAAAUUCGCACAGGAUACGGCCAACAAGGCGGUGGCAAAGAUUUCUAAAGCAGUCAGCAAGAGCAAGCGGAAUUUGGUUCUCCCCGAUUACUAUGACCAGUUCCCCGAUGUCCGGCCCAGUCUUUUGCUCACGACUCCUGUUGGUCAAAGCGAUAUGGUCAUGUUGACUCAAGCGGGAGGAAAUGAUGGUGUUGCUUCUUUGUCAGGAACUUCUGCGACGCCGUUGUCGUUGACGGGACGAGUGUCGAUGAUGUUCAAGAGCGCGGCCAGCGCCAUUGGGUCUGUCUUUUCCUUUGCCAAGCCGACACGUGCACUCACGGCAGGCGGUGGGAACGCGACGGCUCUGCCUCGUGGAACGCAGGGGAUCCGCAAGGUGGCAAUUUUGGGGAUUCAUGGCUGGUAUCCACGGAAAGCACUCCGGACAGUGAUUGGAGAACCGACAGGGACGAGUCAAAAGUUUUGUGAUGAGAUGGAUCUGGCGCUCAAGGAGUACCUCGACAUGCACCAGAAAAUCCUGGACCCGGAGGAUAUUGUCAAGAUUCCUUUGGAGGGUGAGGGGAAGGUGUUGGAGAGGGUCGAGUUGUUGUAUCAGAGUUUGGUCCGGAAUCAUGGCUGGAGACGGGCUGUACAGGAUGCGGAUUUGGUCCUGGUUGCGACGCAUUCUCAGGGAACACCGACUAGUAUCUUGUUGGUUGCUAGGCUGAUUGAGGAGGGACUGUUGCGCGUCCGGGAAGACGAUCCUACGAUGCAGCGGAUUGGUAUUUUGACUAUGGCCGGAAUCUCACAUGGACCAUUCCCGUUUUUGAAGGGCAACCUGAUUGUACGAUGGUUUGAGGCUGAGGCUGCAGGGGAACUGUUUGAGUUUAUGGACUCUGAGAGUCCUAUUGCGCGCAAGUACCGGAACGGACUUCGGACGAUACUUUCCUCGGGCGUACGGUUGACGUGUGUUGCUUCCUUAGAGGACCAAGUAGUGCCGCUCUACUCUGCCGUCAUGACCUCGAUCCACCACCCUUCGAUUGUCAGGGCGGUAUAUAUCGACGGCACCAGUUACCAGAACGACUUCUUGAUCAACCUAAUUGCGUUCUCGUUGCGGCUCCGUAAUAUGGGUGUGGACGACCAUGGCAUUCUUGUGCAUCUCAGUGAAGUCAUUGCGGGGUCUCUGUAUGGAGAAGGCCACUCGACCAUCUAUGACGAACGUGAAGUUUACAUGUUAUCGAUUCGAUCUCUAUUGGAGCCACCAGCGAGUCUAACUUCAGAGAGGGCAAGAAGUGAGCCCAUCCUGAACCCCUUCCGGGCCAAGCAGCGCCUGAACCCCUUCUACCUGCCCUGGGGGAUGCGUGGCGUUGCCGACGAGAUUAUGGCCCGUGGCGAUCAGAUCCUAAUCAAGGAAUUAGAGCGAGUCAAGAAGUUAUACAAUGAUUGGAACCCGGUCUCCAAGGCCAUGAAAGAAAUCAAGUUCCGUUUAGAGCCCGUUCGUUCUAAGCUCUGA